AAACCAAUAGUUUCGGUUCGGCAACGAAGUUGGAAGACGGACAGUGACGUUUCCAUGUAACUCUCCAACUCGGAGACAGUUGCUGAAAUUUUCUUCAAAAGCAAAAUAAUCCGUCAGCAGGAAACAGGACAGCAGGAAACUACUCCCUCGGAGGUAUACCUUUCGAAAAGUCAAAACUGUUGCAGGAAACCUUAGAACAUUGAUUCUGAAGUAUGAAACUAGAGGAAGGCCUAAAUUUUCAAAAACGUCAUUCAAUCGGAUUUUCUAUUCGCAAGAGAUUGGAAAAUUAUUCGCAAUAGUGAAAAAGACUUACCGAAAUGGUCGAAAAAGAAAACAAGUCUCUAAGCGCGGUGUAUCAGGAGGAAUUCCAGCCGGAUUAUUAUAUUAGGCGAUACUAUUCGGGUUUAGAUGCUGGAAACGAGUUCUGUCUUCGCAACCUGCAUCAGUUUUUUAAACAAGCUGAAUUGAAUAAAAUCACGGAAGGCACUGCGAAAAACGUUUUGGAAGUCGGAUCAGGACCUGUGCCUAUAUACGUUAUUUCGGCCAGCAAAUGGACUGACUGGAUUGUUUGUAGCGACUUCCUGGAACAAAACAGACAAAAAUUGAACGAGUGGCUAUCUGUUGGACGUAAAGCUGAUGAAACUUGGCUGUCUUAUGCUCGUUACGUUGCCCAGUUGGAGUCUGAGAAUGCUCACCAGGAAUCUGCAUUCUUGGUGCUGGAGCGUGCUAGGCGUUCCAUUCGGUCCAUACUACCGUGUGAUGUUCUCCAAAGCGAUCCGUUGUUAGGAAAGACCGACACUAUAUUUGACGUCAUAAUAUCGGUGUUUUGCCUUGAAUGUGCUGCUUCUUCCGCCAAAGAAUAUCGGAAUACCAUCACGAAUGUUGUUCGACUCCUACGACCAUCUGGCCACCUCAUCAUGAUGGGAGGACUGGAAGGAGAGUAUUAUUUUAUUUGUGAUAGAAAAGUCCCCAGAAUUAAACUCACACGGGAAAUGAUCGAUUCGGCCUUGGAAGACGCUGGUUGUAAGAUUGUCACUUGGGAAGAAUUGCCGCGAAACUUACGGCCUCCGGAUUUGCCCAUUGAUUACACGGCAAUGUUUUUUUGUGUAGCAAAGAAAACACUGAUGUGAGUCUGUGAAG